AUGAUACUAACGGAUUCACAAACGUUGCCUCCAACCUUUCCGUGGUUCACUGCCAAGUGCAUCCAUCGACCGCCGCCAUCAACGGUUCGUCGCCAUCAACGGUUCGCCGCCAUCGACCGUCGACAAAGGAGCUUAUUCUUAGCAUCAAUAUCCACGGGCUCCAGGUUCAUUAAGUGUGUCACUGUCGGCGACGGCGCUGUUGGCAAGACUUGCAUGCUUAUUUCCUAUACUAGCAACACCUUUCCCACGGAUUAUGUGCCAACUGUUUUCGAUAACUUCAGUGCAAAUGUGGUUGUGGAUGGGAGCACGGUCAAUUUAGGGCUAUGGGAUACUGCUGGUCAGGAAGACUAUAAUAGAUUAAGACCUUUGAGCUAUCGAGGGGCAGAUGUCUUUAUUCUUGCAUUCUCUUUAAUCAGCAAAGCUAGCUAUGAAAAUGUCGCAAAAAAGGUUAUGUCUCAUCAAUAGCUGUUCUUUUUAGAUGAUGAGUUCAUGUAAAA